AAUUAACAAACAUUUUAGAAUAUAUGGUCAUUGAAGUAAUAUAUUAUUUAUGUAUUAUUAAGUUAUAUCCAGCAAGAGGCUGUGAGUGAUUAUAGUGACUACAGGCAUGUAUACUUAUUCUUUGUUAGGCAAUAAUAGAUUUUUUCCAUCCACUCAUGUAUAUAUUAUGAGACCAUUUUGACAGUUUGUUUUAAUUUGUACCUAUUAUCUUAGACAUUAACUAGAACUAUAUCAUCAGUGAACAUCAAUAAUUUACCUUUCAAUAAUCAUGCCAGUAUUGAGUUCAUAUAGAUUAAAAAUAGUAUAGGGUUUAAACACAAACCUUGGGUAACUCCUUAAUAUUUGACAUAACAAUAAUUACUAGGUAUAUGUAAUAAAAUCCAAUAGAAUUGGGCAAAACUUUCAGAGGCACUGCCUGAACAAUAUAAGGUUUUUUACUGUUGUUAAUAAUUGUAAAUCAAAGUUGCAAUCUAAUAACAAAGAUUAAUUUAUAAAAUAUUUGUAUCAAUAAAAAUUAUGCUAACUAAUAAUAAAUUUAUAAUAUAGAUACCAACCAUUCUUUAAUUUAAAUUAUAACAUCAAUUUAAUUAUACCAAUAUCCAUAAAUAAUUUGAUUGAACAACUGGCAUUGGUAUGUACAUGUAUUAAGACUUAAAUACCAUUAUGCUGUACAGUUACUUUUUUAUAUGGUAUUUAUUUUUAUUAAAAUAGAUUCAGAUGAAAAAAAGGGGUUAAAAAAGUACUAUCAACACGGACUCAAAGGAACUAAAUAUAGGCACAAAAUAUUCAAUGAAAUACCUACCUAUUAUAGUGUAGUAAGAAACAUGCAAUUUUUAAUGAAAUGACUCACUCGUGAAGUAUGCAAAAUAUUUAGAAGUCAUAGAUAAUACUAAAUAAUCUAUGUUAGACAGAAAUUAAAUAUACCUUUUAGCAAUAAUGCAAGUAAAAAAUGUUUUUUUAAUUAAAAAUAGUUUAUUACAGAGAUGUUGACUGUUGACAACUCUACUGCCCUGUGUGUCUGUUUUAGAUGUUUUUUUUAAAAUUUAUAGCUUAUAAGUUAUAAGAGUACCUAGUAGCUACUAGCUAUUACCUACUGUAUUAUUUAUAAUAUAAUAUCAGCGAUCGUCGCCAAUUUUCUCAGACUAUGUUUCAUUUCUAAAAAAUGAUAAAAUUGAAUGGAGCUGCGUCAUCGAGGUAAUAGGGCCGACAACAAUCAACAAAUGGAAACGUUUCAAGUUGAUGAAAAAUCCAGCAAUUCUAAGGAUGAAGAUAUCAGAAAUCAAAAAUGUCUCUCCGCCGUACCGACUCUUUUAGUUUCACUGACCGUAUUGAUAAUUUUAAAUGUGCUUGUUUAUUACAUGGACAACAAAUUACCCCCCGUCGAAACAAAUAAUUCGACCAAUAAUGAUUUUGUCUCUAAACGCGCCAUGUCCACAUUAAUUAAACUAGCAAAUUUGGGUCCAAGGCCAGUUGGUAGUUAUGAGAAUGAAAAAUUAGCUUUUAAUCUCAUAGAAACCGAAAUUAAUGACAUUACAAACGAAGUAGGCAAUGUCAAUGAUAUUGCAAUGUACAAUCAGAAAGUUAGUGGUUCGUUUAUUCUAAAUAUGAAAAAUUGGAAGUAUUUAUUAAGUUAUGAAGGCUUACAAAAUAUUGUUGUUAAAUUAGAUCCUAAGCAAGGCACAAACGAUGCCAUUUUGCUAAAUUGUCAUUAUGAUACAGUUCCGGCCGGGCCAGGUGUAAGUGACAACGGUGUGAACUGUGCUGUGAUGGUAGAACUUUUACGAAUUUUAGUGAAAACCCCACAUCUCAGGAGACCUAUAAUUUUUUUAUUUAACGGUGGUGAAGAAAUAAUGCUUCAAGCUUCCCACGGGUUUGUCACUCAACACCCUUGGUCCAAGAGUGCAAAACACGUGAUAAAUCUCGACAGUUGUGGAGCAGGUGGCCGAGAAAUAUUGUUCCAGACCACAAAGUCGGACUCGUACUUGGUAGAUUUGUACGCCCGCACCGUUCCCCAUCCGUACGGGCAAGUGAUUGGCGAGGAAUUAUUUCAAUCGGGCAUAAUACCGUCGGACACGGAUUUUAGGAUAUUCAGAGAUUUCGGAAACAUGUCCGGUCUCGAUCUGGCGCAUUACAAAAACGGGUACGUCUAUCACACGAAAUACGAUAAUUUGGAUCAAAUCGAACCGGCCGUGCUGCAAAACACCGGUGAAAACCUGUUCGCGCUCGCCAAAGCAAUGUCCACGCACAACGUGACGAACAGCACCAAAACCAAGUACGUAUUCUUCGACGUGUUCGGCGUGUACAUGCUUUCCUAUACGGAACUCUCAGGGGCGUUCGCCAACUUCAUAAUCGUGCUGUUGUCCUUUUUCUCGAUUUUCCUGUCGCUGAAAUUCACGACGGUCGGGAUGAACCGCCGCGAAUACAGCAUGCACCUGUUGACGGCUAUCGUGAGUCCCGGUUGCACGAUCGUGGCGGCUAUACUGUCGUGUCUGCUGGUAGCGUUCGCGCUGGACCGACUCGGGUGCUCGAUGAGCUGGUACAGCAACCGGUCCAACCUGCUGGUGUACUUCGGCACCGCGACAUGGUCAAUAUUGACCGUGGCGGCUUACUACCCGAAAAUCCGAUCCAGGACCGAUGCGGAAUGGACAGUGACGAUGCUCAACGGCGUUCAGCUGUUCUGGACGACCCUGCUGUUCGUCGCCACCAUGGCUGGUCUGCGUUCCAGCUACCUGUUCGCGGUCAUGGUGCUGUGGCCGUCGGCCGCCAGCUGCACGUUGGGCAUACUGAACGCCGGCCGGACACCAGCUGUCUGGAUAGCGGGAUACGCGGCGUCGCUGUUCGUGCCCGUCGCUUUCGUGCUGUACCUGACGCAAAUGUUCGCGUCGCUGUUCGUGCCGAUCUCCGGACGCCUCGGGCCCAACAUUAACCCCGACUACGUAAUCGGCACGCUGAUGGCCAUGUCUGCGUACGCCACUGUCGGUCACCUGGCGCCGGCCAUCGCACUGGUGAAUAGGCCGCGCCAUGCCUUGGCUGGCCUAGGCGCCGCGGUACUGAUGAUGGCCGUGGCCAUCGUCGCCUUUCGGCCAAUCGGGUUCCCAUACUCUAGCUCCAAGACCGAGCAGCGGCUCGACCUGAUACACACACAACGCUUGUUCCACCAUUUCGGCGGUGGUGUCCGGUACAACGACUCCGGUUACCUGAUCGUCAACUGGGACCGGCAGGGUCCGCGAACGGUCGCCGACCACGUGCCUAACGCGGCCCGCAUCGAUUGCGCCAGCGAACUGAUGUGUGGCUCACCGGUGACCGGGUCGCUAGCGCAUCACACCGGUUGGCUGCCGGGUCGACCGGCGCCUGUGUCUCAGCGGUCCGCGGCCACGGCCCAAGUGGCCGUACUCGAGAACGACGAGCGACGGCGACGGAUCGUGUUCAACGUAACCGGGCCGGAGAGGGUAAACGUGUACGUCAGCCCUUAUCCCGGCACGAGGUUGAAGAACUGGAGUUUCUCGGGACAACCUGAAGUGGCCACCAGUUGGAUGGGAAAUGACGUGUACGUGAUAAAGCACUCGUCGGGGGCGGGUACGGCGGCUGGUGGCCCGCAGAAUGUGUGGAGCUUUUGGUUGGAACACGAAUGCGACCGUGGCUUUGGUGAAAUGUCUCUCAACGUCACAUUGGCGUACAGUUGGGUAAUACACAAGGACAUGGUGUUGGGUGACGAAUUCCGAUCGUUCGUCUCCUCGUUUCCGAGUUGGGUGCACGUCAAUGUUGCAGUCGCCAGCGUUGAAGCGUUUGUAUACUAAAUCAAUAAACUUGGGACUUGAAUAAGUAUACUUAUCAUACAUAUCAUUUUAUGUAGGUAAACUCUAUACGAGGCAUAUGUUUCCUAUGUAUCUAUGCCUACCUAUUGUUUCAAAAAUAUAUUUUCACUUUCAACCUUUUUCAGCUCAAAUAAAAUAUAAUAUUAAAUAUAGUUACCUAAUUAAUUUAUUAUCAAUAUUG